AUGGCGAAUCGUUCGGGCGAGGAUAUUCUCCGUAUCCUUCGUCCCCGUGACGAUGUCGAAUAUCUUGAUGGGGACGACUCUGAGGAGGAGAUAUUGGACGCCGUCGAAGAUCACGACAGUGACGCAUCGGAAGCGAGCGUUUCCGACUUCGAGACGGAAAACGACGACGACGACGAAGAGGUGGAGUCAGAGCCCGAGCAGUCGGACAAGGAAAGAAGACGGCGAAAGUAUGCGUAUGGAAAAAACAAAUACAAGUGGUGCCUACAGGCCCCCGAAGUACGAGGUAGACGAUCAGCUGUAAGGGAAAUAUUACCUGAAGCCAAGCAUAUGGCUGUUACGGCGCGUACGCCUUUAGAUUAUUGGAGCGCUCUUUUUACGAACGAUAUUUUAGAACACAUUGUGAAGUAUACAAACGAGGAAAUUGUACGUUUCGAACCUGACACACUUGACGCGGAUAGAGUAUCGUAUUAUCGAGCGACUACGAUGAUCGAAAUGAAAGCUUUUGUCGGUUUAUUGUAUUAUUUGGGCGCGAAUAGAAACAACAAAGUGACUACCGGUGAAUUGUGGAGUCGUCAAUUCGGCACGAUGCUGUGCAAGGUGACAAUGUCGCAACAUCGAUUCAAAUUUCUAUCGAGUAAAAUUCGAUUCGAUGACAAAUCCACGCGCGCGGAAAGACGACAGGAAGACGGUUUAGCGCCAGUACGAGAAAUAUGGGACAUAUUUAUAAAAAAUUGUGAGCUGAACUAUUCUCCGGGCCAAUUCGUUACCAUCGACGAACAACUUUUGGGUUUUCGCGGUAGAUUUUCGUCUCGGGUUUAUAUAAAAUCCAAGCCAGCGAGAUAUGGAAUAAAAAUCGUGUCCAUAAAUGACGCGAAAACAUACUACAUGUUUAACGCGUUGCCGUACGUCGGGAAAGUUCCUGCUAAUCGUGGGGAAAGCGUUCCCUCGUAUUAUGUGCGAAAGUUGAGCGAGCCCAUCUACAAUACUUCCAGAAACAUAACUUGCGAUAACUGGUUUUCAUCCGUCGAAAUUUUCAAUUCGAUGCGAAUUGAUCACGGUUUGACUAUGGUCGGAACUGUUAGAAAAAAUAAACGUCAACUACCUGAAUCUUUCCGGAAAAAUGCCUCUCCAGGUACAACUAGGUACGGUUACGACGGUCAUAACGUCUUAGUGUCUUUUUGCCCAAAAAGAAACAAAGUUGUUUUGCUUUUAUCAUCUAUGCAUAAGACUGGAAAAAAGGACGAAGACUGUGACAAACCGGAGAUUAGAACGUUUUAUAAUAAGACAAAAUGCGGAACCGAUGUUUUCGACCAGCUGUGUGGAAACUAUUCAUGCGCGCGCCGGAGUAACCGGUGGACGAUGCGGUUCUUUCUGGGAAUGCUCGACCAAGCGAGUGUCAACGCGUCCAUCUUAUAUAACAUGAAUGUCGAAAAUGAGUCGAGAAAUAGAAUCGCCUUUCUGAAGGACCGUUGGCGUUGGUAA